AUGGAUGACAGCACUGUUCUAGUUGAAGAAAUCGACCCAAACUAUGAGCCUUCAAAAACAGACGUUGAAGAAUAUGCUUUAUGGCUUGGUUUAGAACUGCCAGAAGAUAAAGAUUUGCUAUACAUAGCAAGAGAAGGGCUGAUGGCUCCAUUGCCUUCAGAAUGAAAACCAUGCAAAAACAAGAAUGGAGAGAUUUACUAUUUUAAUUUUUCUACAGGAGAAAGCGUAUGGACUCACCCAUGUGAUGAGUACUAUAAGAAGAUGGCAAGAGAAGCCAAGGCAGCCAAAGCAAAGCGUAAAGAAACUCCAACGAGGAAAUCGUCAAAAAGCCCAACUCCAAAAGAAUUUGUUGAAAAACCUCAAAAUUUGCCUAAAAAACAGCCAAAACUGAUAAACGAAAUAAAUGCAAGCUCAGAAUUUGUUAAUAGAAAAAACCAGAUGGAACAAGCUUAUAAUGAAGAGAUUGAAAGAAUUAGACUUGAUUUUGAAAACCAAAGAAAACAACUGAAAGCUCAAAUUGAUAAAGAAAUAGAAAGGGAAAAACAAGAAAUUUUAAAAAUCCAUAAAGACAAAGAAAAUAAAUUGCAAGCUGAGCAUCAGGAAAAAUUAGAAAAACAGCAAGACUCAAUCAACAAAUUAGUAAAAAAAGCUGAGCAAGAAAGAGAAAAUGCUUUAAAUAAAGAAGUGACUGCCAAAUUAGAUGAAUUAAGAAAGGAGUUUGCAAAUGACCUUGAAGAAAAGAAGAGAAAACAAGCUGAAGUUUAUAAGAAAGACCUUGAAGUUGAGCUAAAAAGAAUUUCGAUGCUGAAAGAAGAAGAAAUAAAGCAGCUGCAAGAAGAAAUUGAUACUUACAAGGAAAGAGUUAAAUGAGAAGUAAAAGAGCAAGAAGAGUGCAAGCAGAGAUUCGAGAAAAAAAUAGAUAGGCUAAAAAAUGAUGCUGAAAAUGACUAUCAAAAUGAAGUGAAAAAAAUUGAAAAAGAAUUCGAGUGGCAAAUGUUUCUAGCCAAAGAGCAGCAAGAAAAAGAACUUUCUGAGGAUGAAAAAUUCAGGCUAAACGUAAUAGAAAACGAACUAAAAACCAGUACAGCAUUGGAAGUAGCAAAAUAUAAAAACGAGCUACAAGAAAAAUUAUUUACUCCCCCCCAUCCUUGAUCGAACAGCUCGCCAUCGUUCGAUCAAGGAUGGGGGUUAAAAAUAAAUUUUUUGGGAAAAAAAAAUUUUAUAUAUAAAAUAAAAAUAUAUGAUUUUUUGUUUUUAUUUACUUUUAAAUAAGAGGGUUAAGAAUAUUUAAUAAUUUAAUAAUUAUUUUUACAGCAAAAAAUUGAAUUAAUUUCAUAAAAAUACCAGUUUUUAAUAUUUUGAUUUAUUAGUUACCCCUUUAAACUUAUAAAUUUUAAUUUGUUCCUUAUUAAAUUAAUUUUUUUUUUAAAAAUUUUAAAGAAUGUCUAUUUUAUUAGAUUAUUAAGUUUUUAAGCCCAGUUUGAUGACUAAAUCACUUCGUAUGGUUGAUUCCAAAGCUUUUUGUCGUCUCAAAAUCUCUGAAAACAACUUCAUUAGGCACAUCUUCCCAAGCUUUUGAUAACUAAUAUAUUUUUAUAUAUAUAAAAAUUUGCAUGAUAUGAAAAUCGUUCGAUCAAGGAUGGGGGUUUAUUUCCCCAAUUUUUAGGAAUUUUUACAGUCAAUCGUUCGAUCAAGGAUGGGGGGGGGUGGAGUUAGUGAAAAAGAAAGAAUAGAAUCAACGUUCAAAGAAAGAAAACAAAGCGAAAGAAUUUUGAGGGAAAAAGAAUUCGAAAGCGAGCUUCUACAAGAAGAGGAAAAGCAAAAGCAAAUCCUUCAAGACAAAUUAUCAAACCACCGAAUUAACCAAGAAUUAUACUUAAAAGAGCAGCUAAAUGAUUUAAGAGAGAGGCUAGAAGGAAUUUUAAUUUCUGAAGAAAGAAAGCUUGAAUCAGUAAGGAAGCCUGAUUUGUUUUUUAAAGAAAAACUAGAAGAAAGGCUUUCAAGUUUGCAAAAUGAGUAUGCAUCUGCACAAAGAAUGCUGGAGUCUAAAGAAGAAACCUUAAGAUAUCUACAAGAAGACUUGAAUAAAAUUAAAAGCGAGCUCAAAGCAAAAACACCUGAAAAAGUUAAAAUUGAAACAAGAAUCAAUACAGAUACUUCAUUAAUUGAGGAAUAUCAAAGGCAAAUCAGAGAAAAAGAAAGGGAAAUUGAAAAAUUUGCAGAAGUCCACCCUAAGAGAAUUGAAAAUUUGGAAAAAGAAGUUUUUGAGUUAAGAAAAAUACUUGAUAAAAAACAAAGGAUUGAGGAAGAAGAAAAUUUGAGACGAAAAGAAAGCCAAGAAGUUGUCAGCAAAUGGAAAGAAGCCCUCAAACAAGAACGAAGAGAACUAAAAAGUUUCCAAAAAGAGCUCCAGAUGGAUAGAGAAAAAUGAAGAAAAGACCUCCAAUAUUAUAAAGAGCACCCCAGUGAAAAACGACGCCAAGAGCUCGCAAAAGUUAAAAAAUUAAUUGAAAAACAAAUAGAAGUUCACAAUAGAAGGGUAAAAGACUUAAAAGCAGCUGAAAAGCUAUUGAAAGGUACAAGAGACGAAGAUGUGUCUUAUUCAAGAGUAGAAAUGGAGUCAUUAGAAGAAGAUCGCAUACUUGAUGAAUGAAGAAACCGAGGAGGCGAUAGUUUUGAUUCUCCUCCUGAAAAUAAUGAGCCUCAUCCUCCAAUGUGGGCUCAAUAUGUGAGACCAGCUUGGAAAGCCAAUAAUAUCCGUGUUUAUCAGCGUGAAGUCAAUGCAUAUGCGAAAAAUCGAGAAUAUACACGUGAUGUCCUUACAAAGCAUGGAAAUUGGCUGAAUAAUAUGAAAAAUGAACUGGGUAGAAUAGCAUACCCUUAA